AGUGUGGACCUGAACCAUUGAACGUGACCUUCGCCUGUCUCAGCCCUGGUUAAUUUUUACCUCUUAAUGCUGCUCGUGGUCCUCCCCUCACCCUGCUCUAUAAAAGCCCAGGACAAGUGCUACAGAUCUCUCUGAGAAUUUUCCCCAGAUCCCUGUUCUCCCAUAUCCAGUCCCCUUCACCUCCACCCCCCACCCCUUUGCCAUCAUGGGCAAAGGCUUCUUCAUCUCUAAGACGUUGGGCAUUGUCGGCAUUCUUUUUGCUGUAACAGCUGUGGCAACCAUCAUCGCCCUGUCGGUGGUAUAUUCCCAGGAAAAAAGCAAGAAUUCAUCGGGAGCAGAGGGGACCACUGCUACUCCGACCAGUGCUACACCAGCCACCACGACUCCAGAUCCAAGCUUGCCCUGGAACAGUUAUCGGCUGCCAAAGACUCUGAUCCCUGAGAAUUACAAAGUGACACUAAGACCCUAUUUGACCAAAAAUGAUCAAGGUUUAUAUAUCUUUUUUGGUAACAGCACCGUUCGCUUCCUUUGUAAAGAGGCAACCAAGUUCAUUAUCAUCCAUAGUAAAAAACUCAAUUAUACAAUGAAGGAUGGCCACCAUGUGAUUCUGAAGGGAGUAGGUAACUCCCAGCCUCCCCAGAUCGAUAAGACAGAGCUGGUGAUACCAACCGACUAUCUGGUCGUGCAUCUGAAAAGUGACCUGAAAGCUGGCGAAUACUAUGAGAUGGAGACCACUUUCGUUGGAGAGUUGGCUGAUGAUCUGGCUGGUUUUUAUCGCAGUGAAUAUAUGGAAGAUAAUGUAAACAAGGUUGUGGCCACGACACAGAUGCAAGCAGCUGAUGCCCGCAAAUCCUUCCCAUGCUUUGAUGAGCCAGCCAUGAAGGCCACCUUCGACAUCACCCUGAUCCACCCCUCCAACUACAUAGCCAUCUCUAACAUGCCUAUCAUAUCUACUGAUGAUAAAUUAGAAUUUGGUUGGACUGUCACUCAUUUUAACACCACCCCGAAGAUGUCCACUUAUCUCUUGGCUUAUGUUGUCUGCCAGUUUGCUGACUUGCAGGAAUCGCAGCAAUCGCAGCAGAAUUUACUGAUCAGAAUCUGGGCCCGUCCCAAAGCGAUUGCGGCAGGACAUGGAAAUUAUGCUUUGAAUGUCACGGGUCCCAUCCUGAAAUUUUUUGAGAGUCAUUAUAACACACCCUAUCCAUUGCCCAAGUCUGAUCAGAUAGCCCUGCCAGACUUCAAUGCUGGAGCCAUGGAGAACUGGGGCUUGGUGACCUACCGGGAGAGCGCCCUGCUCUAUGAUCCUGAAUCUUCCUCCAUUGACAACAAGGAACGGGUGGUUACAGUGAUUGCCCAUGAGCUUGCCCACCAGUGGUUUGGCAACCUGGUCACUGUGGAAUGGUGGAAUGACCUGUGGCUGAAUGAAGGCUUUGCUUCCUAUGUGGAGUACCUGGGAGCUGACUAUGCUGAGUCCACCUGGAACUUGAAAGACCUCAUAGUGCAGAAUGACAUGUACCGAGUGAUGGCCAUAGAUGCUCUGGCCUCUUCCCAUCCACUGUCCUCUCCUGCUAAUGAAAUCAACACCCCAGCCCAGAUCAGCGAGGUCUUUGAUGCUAUCAGCUACAGCAAGGGAGCCUCAGUUCUUCGGAUGUUGUCCAGUUUCCUUACCGAGGACCUCUUCAAAGUGGGCUUGGCAUCAUACCUGCAUGCCUUUUCUUACAAUAAUACAGUCUACCAGGAUCUAUGGAAUCAUCUCCAAAAAGCUGUGGACAAUAACAAUAUAGUGAAAUUGCCUGCCUCUGUACAAACUAUUAUGGAUCGGUGGAUCCUGCAGAUGGGCUUCCCUAUGCUGAAACUGGAAUCAUCCACUGGUGAACUCUCCCAGCAACACUUCCUGCUAGACCCCACCUCCAAUGUCACUCGUCCCUCCCAAUUCAACUACCUGUGGAUAGCUCCUGUCUCUUCACUUACAAGUGAUGGAAAAAAGUUUGAUGACUGGCUUAAUGGCACCAAGUCAGCUACUUUUAACAACUUAAAAGUGUCAGGUAGUAAUUGGAUCCUCUUGAACCUCAAUGUGACUGGCUACUACAUCGUGAAUUAUGAUGCUGAAAAUUGGAGGAGACUUCAAGAACAAUUAAAAAACAAUCUUUCCGCCAUUCCAGUACUCAACAGGGCUCAGAUCAUCCAUGAUGGCUUUAACCUAGCCAGGGCCAAACAUGUCACUACAACACUAGCUCUGGAAAACACACUCUUCUUGGGAAAGGAAGUGGAAUACUUGCCCUGGCAGGCUGCUCUCAGCAGUCUUAGUUACUUCAGACUCAUGUUUGAUCGAACAGAAGUGAACGCUCCUAUGAAGGCUUAUAUGAAAAAACAGGUUACUCCGUUAUUUGAAUAUUUUAAGACUCUCACCAGUAAUUUUACUCGACGUCCUCCCACACUGAUGGAACAAUACAAUGAGAUCAAUGCUAUUAGCACAGCCUGCGCUAAUGAUGUUACUGAAUGUGGGGAACUGGCCUCAUCUCUCUUCAGCGAUUGGAUGAAGGACCCCUCAAAAAAUCCGAUCCAUCCCAACCUGAGAUCUACCAUUUAUUGCAAUGCCAUCUCCAGAGGUGGAGAACAAGAGUGGAAUUUUGCCUGGAAACAGUUCCAAAGUGCCACACUGGUCACAGAGGCUGAUAAGCUUCGUUCAGCGCUGGCCUGCAGCAGAGAUGUGUGGGUCUUGGACAGGUACCUGAGUUACACUCUGAAUUCCACACUAAUCCGGAAACAGGAUGCAACAUCUACUAUCACCAGGAUUGCCAGCAACGUCGUUGGGCAAAGCUUGGCCUGGAACUUUGUUCAAGUCAACUGGAAGAAGCUAUUCCAGGAGUUUGGUGGUGGCUCCUUCUCCUUCUCCAACCUAAUCCAGGGUGUGACCCAGAGGUUUUCCACAGAAUAUGAAUUGCAACAGCUUGAACAAUUUAAAGAGAGCAACAUGGAUAUCGGCUUUGGUUCAGGAACCCGAGCCUUGGAGCAGGCUCUGGAGAAGACAAAGGCCAAUAUUAAAUGGGUGAAUGAGAACAAGGCUACUGUGCUAGAGUGGUUUAAAAAUAAUAGUUAGUAGAUUUCUAAUUUGUGAUGGUAAUAUCAGCAUUCCAGUCUGUCUCUCUCUUGAAGGCCUGAGCCCAGCCAAAUGUGGGAUGAGGGACAGACCAUUCUACAAAAACAUGUGCUCCCCUGCUUUUCCUCAUGCCAGGCCCACUUUGGCAUUGACAAAAUUUGAAAAACCCACAUCCUGGGUGACAUCAUGGACCCAUCUUGUCAGGGAGACAUUGACCCAGGCUAAUCUCAGGGAACCCAUGUCCCAUGGGGUGAACCACUCGGAUAGGAAGUGGAACCUUCUCUGUCCUCCCUUUUCCCUCCUCCUCAACCUUGAAAGUCACAGCAUCUGAGAAAUCAUCGGGGAAAGUAUCUGUAUAUUUUUUCUAAGGGAAAAUGUAAAUAAAUGAUUUCUAGGUGA